AAAACAGGAAAGCCUCAGCCGCACGGGUCUCUUACUCCUACGUGCAAGGUGGGCAAAUGCUGGAUGAGGACGUGAUGGUGGACACGAAGACACACGCACACCGCUGGAGGAGAUGGCUUCCAAACAGCCCGCGGAACAUGGACAGUAACAGGGCCAGUCCGGAGCAGGAGCAGGAACGCGAGGAGGAGGAGGAGGCGGUGGCGGCGCAGGAGGAGGCGGAAGCCGAGCGCUUCCCGGGCCUGAUUUCAGCCGAGGACGCCGACAACAGCUCACAAAUUGAGGAAGACACGGACCACAACUACUACACAUCCAAAAUAUAUAGCCCGACGGAUCCGACAAGCAAGGGCUUGUGGGUAAACAUCGAGCAGAUGGACAAGGAGAAAGUGAAGAUUCACGGGAUUCUGUCCAACACGCACAGACAAGCAGCGAGAGUCAACCUGUCCUUUGAUUUUCCUUUCUAUGGACAUUUUCUGCGUGAGAUCACCGUGGCAACUGGAGGGUUCAUCUACACAGGCGACGUGGUGCACAGGAUGCUAACUGCCACGCAGUACAUAGCCCCCCUUAUGGCCAACUUCGACCCCAGCGUGUCAAGAAACUCCACCGUCAUCUACUUUGACAACGGUACCGCUCUGGUGGUGCAGUGGGACCACGUCCACUUACAAGACAACUACAACCUGGGCAGCUUCACGUUCCAGGCCACGUUGCACGAUACUGGUCGCAUCAUCUUUGCUUACAAAGAGAUCCCCGUCGAACUGUCGCAGAUCAGCCCGGUUAACCACCCGGUGAAGGUGGGCCUGUCGGACGCUUUUGUGGUGGUCCACAAAAUCCAGCAGAUACCGAACGUGAGGCGGCGAACCAUCUACGAGUACCACCGUGUGGAGCUGACCAAGACGAGACUCACCAACUCCUCUGCCGUGGAAUUUACACCAUUGCCCACUUGUCUCCAGUUCACCAGCUGUCGAACGUGCAUCUCCUCCCAGGUUAACUUCAACUGCAGCUGGUGCCAUCGCCUCAACAGAUGCUCCAGUGGAUUUGACCGCCAUCGGCAGGACUGGGUGGACAACAGCUGUCCAGAUGAGACAAAGGACAAGCUGUGUGACAUCAUUGACACCACCUACCUCUACCCCUUUAUCACAUCUGUUGGCGCCAAGACCACCGCCAGAAGCAAAGACUCCCCACUGUCCACCUCGCAGCCCCCAACCAGCGCCCCAACUGAAGAUGAUACCAAGAUUGCGCUGCAUCUCAGAGAAAAUCAAGGUGUGUGCUUCAUGUUGUCACCGCAAUGUUUUUUUGUGUUUGUUUUUUUAACCCUAAUCAGCAAUUUGUAUUUAUUUUUGGAUAUUAUCACUCAAUACUUAACACCGGCGCCCGCCAGCCUCUUCCUGAUCGAGAGACGGCCGAGCAGGUGGCCGGCUAUGAAGUUCCGCCGCGGCUCGGGCCACCCGUCCUACGCCGAGGUGGAGCCGGCGGGCCACGAGAAGGAGGGCUUCAUCGUGUCCGAACAAUGCUGAGGGAGGGCCAAGUUCCUCGCCGGCCAGGGAGGUCGUCACCUGGAUCAUCUUUGAUCUGGAGAACAGACUCGUUACGCCGAGCAACUGAGGAGGUGGACGCCACGGCGGGACAACAUGGCUGCCUUGAUUGCAUCCUGUAUGGCAUCAGGAGAGAAUGACAUCUUAUAUUCCCCUUUUUU